CUGAGAGAAUGAGAGUGGAAUGAAUGAAGGAGGUGAUAUCUUCAUAAGGUGUCCGUCGGCCAGCAGUGGAGCAGGAGAUCAGGAGGCUCGCCUCUCAUGGGACGUGCAGGAGGGCUGCGUGGGAGAAACCUGGGAGGCGUUCUGUAAACCCAAGCAGGAUUUAGCCAAAGCUGACGACCCCACUCUUCGUCCGGAUAAGUCACUAGCGCUUCAUCCAUCCGUCUGCCUCUGCCGCCGCUCUCGCAGCUGGAAAAACCGAAGAACCUACCAGAAAACCAAGAAGAAAAUCCAUUUUGGGAAAGAAGGGGAUGUAAGCUAAAAUAAGGACCGGAAGGUUCUUGGGUCUGAGCCAGGCUGCAGAAGAGUGUCCUACUCUAGAGUGAAGCUCAGCACGUAGUGGACUAGCGGAGGCCCAGAGAUACUUACUUACCCAGCAUAGCAGAGCUUUACCCAGAUUUUUGGCACAAAAUAUCUUCUAUUGGGAUUUGUCGGCAAGGAUCGUUUGGAAUAGCCACAAGGCAGAAGAAGAUAUCUUUUUAAUUCCAAGAUACAGAUGGACCUCCCAUCAAUGAUCCACCUCUGACAUUUGGAAAGUCUCUACAAGGCAACCUGUAAGAGUUCAGAGUAAGUCGGUCAACUUGGGGCUGUUAGUUGGUUCCUUAGAGUAAAAGAGGAAGAGAAAUUAGCACAUAUUACGUAACAGGGUCACCUGCAGUCUUUAACUUUUCGAUCCUGCUAUACAUCACGUUUUAUGAGUACAGAUAUAUAGCAAAGGCUCACAAACAUACAGUACUGGGCUUAUCUUCCUGAAGACCACGAAGAAAACACAUGGCUGUCGUACUGACCCUGACCAGGAGUGUGACUCCUUGGUGGAACCGUGCGUUUUGCCAGGGCUCUGCCCUGCUGCUGGGGCUGGUACUCGCUCUAGGAGUCCAAGGCCAGAAUGACACGGAACCCAUUGUGCUGGAGGGGAAAUGUCUGGUGGUGUGUGACUCAACCCCGUCCUCGGAGCCAGCGGGCAACGCGCUGGGCAUGUCCGUGCGCUCCGGCACCGGCCGCGUAGCUUUCUCUGCCACCCGGCAGACCAACCACGAGCCGACUGACAUGAGCAACCGAACCAUGAUCAUUUACUUCGACCAGAUACUCGUAAACGUGGGGGGUCACUUUGACCAAGAAAGCAGCAUCUUCCUGGCCCCGCGAAGGGGGGUCUAUAGCUUCAACUUUCAUGUGGUCAAGGCCUACAACCGACAGACGAUACAAGUGAGUCUGAUGUUGAAUGGCUGGCCCAUGAUCUCAGCCUUCGCUGGUGACCAGGAUGUGACCAGGGAGGCGGCAACCAAUGCAGGCCUGGUCAUCAUGGAGAGAGGAGACAAGGCCUACCUCAAGCUGGAGAGAGGCAACCUCAUGGGGGGCUGGAAGUACUCCACCUUCUCCGGCUUCCUGGUCUUCCCGCUGUAGAGGGAGCCGGGGGUGGGUUGUGGGUGGUGGGGGGAAAGGGGACGGGAUCGAUUCCGGGAUUGGAAGCGAGAGACGGGGGAGCCCAUCUGGAAGCAGGGGGGAGCCUGACAUGGAGGCAGCGGGAGAGAUUUGGAGGGAUGGGAGAAUGGUGUGAGUAGAGGAAGAAUGCAGUACAUAUAACAGAGCUGUUUUACAAAGACAUAUGGAGAAAUUCACACAAGUGAGAACCCAAAGUAAAGAUGAGGUAGACAAAAAUAUAGACAUCGGGUUGUGUGUGUGUGUGUGGGGGGGGUUACUAGAUAAUUAUUCUUAUCUGUACGACACAGUAGCUUUACUGGUGGAUUUAAGCACUGGUGUUUGCGUGUGCGUUGAAUCUUGCAUCUACUGAUCUAUCUAUCUAUCUAUGUAUCUAAUUUACCAUACCACUAAAUCAUCUGUUUGCUUUUGGAAAUUUUGAAUUGGCUGAUCUGAUAGCUGUGCAAUUUAAAGAAAGUUUCUUUGACUAUAAUUAAGAAAAUGUUGAUAGUUAAACAGGACUGGUUAGUCUGGUCAUCAAACUGACUAAGAUUUCCCUGAUUGAUGCUUGAGAAAAAACAACUAACAAUUCCUGAUACUUGCUAAUUGGCCUUCAUUACUAUUAAUGUACUCUAUUUUUAUUUCAUGUCUGCGCUAACACAACAUGUUUGGAAUGUUAUUAAUAUAUUAUGUGAGAAUGAUUUAGGUCCAGUGCAAUUUGUGUGUUAUUAUUGGGAUUCUAUCCUGAAAGUGAUCCACUUGUUAUAGAUUGCUGAUAUUCCCACGACUCUGGGAAACAUCCCUUUUAUAUCCGUUCAGGCUUUGUGUAGAACCGUCUUUCAUUUUUGCCUGUAUUUGUUCCUCAUCAUGUAUCUUUCACCACAAGAAUCGGAAGUAAUAACUGAAAUAAACCAAGCAUAAUAAAAACAAUUGAAAUUUUGCGGUUCA